AAACGUAGCCCAGCCCCCCACACGCCUAACCGGCCUGGCUAAACAGAAGGGAGGGAAGCGCGCCUGUUGGAGAAGCUCCUGCACUCCCCUGCGGGCAUUUUUCAAAACCCCACGUCUCCUUGGUAGGACUUUACCCGUGACACAAGCCGGCGCUGUGCUUUUUACACGCAAGUGGACGUUGUUUUCCACAUCUUUCCCCGACACUUAAGCGUAAGCUAACGGCGGCAAAGGCACAAAGACGCUCAGCUUUAGACUGCUAGCCGAUGUGGGCUAACGGCAACUAGCUUGCUAACAACACAACCGGCGAGGAAGAGUAAGGACACCCGUGGACACCCUGUUGAACCUCCGCUGACUCGUUCCGUUCCACACGGUUACCGCCACCGUGUCGCUACGUCGACAUAGCCUGACAAAUGUUUUUACUGGCUUUCCCCCACCAAUGUUCCUGCCUAGCUGGGGCUUUUGGGUGCAUGCUCUCCCGCUAGCCUGGCUGUGACACAAGGAUGGUGCCUGUAGCAGAACUAGCUAACUGCAGAAAGUGAAGCCAACAGUCCAGUCAAGUGAGAUGGAUCUCCGUGUUAUGUUCAUGUAAACCUCAGCGUUGAAGGCGACAACCAUCUCUCGACCAACUGACACUGGGAAUAUCGCUAACCGCUCUGGGGGGGAUUAUUUUUUUGUCCCUAAUUGGAUUUCGGCCUCCUGUUCUGGAUCGUUGUGGGAGCACAGUUGAACUCAAGGUCCAACCCGACCAUCAACAACCACCACCAACUCCGAUGCGGAGCUUCCAGUGACACCGGCUACCAACCCUCCUGCGGCGGCCGGAUAUGCUGAAGUGUAUCCCGCUGUGGCGCUGCAACCGCCACGUCGAGUCGGUGGACAAGCGGCAUUGCAACCUGCAGGCGGUCCCAGAUGAGGUGUUCCGCUACAGCCGCAGCUUGGAAGAGCUUCUGCUGGAUGCCAACCAACUCAAGGAGCUUCCUAAGCCUUUCUUCAGACUGCUCAACCUACGGAAGCUGGGCCUGAGCGACAAUGACAUCCAGAGACUGCCGCCUGAGGUGGCCAACUUCAUGCAGCUGGUGGAGCUGGACAUAUCCAGAAACGACAUUCCGGAGAUCCCCGAGAGCAUUAAAUUUUGCCGGGCCUUGGAGAUCGCGGACUUCAGUGGAAACCCCCUCUCCAGAUUGCCGGAUGGUUUCACUCAACUGCGAACGCUCGCUCACUUGGCGCUCAACGAGGUGUCGUUGCAGACUUUGCCCAGCGACAUCGGAAAUCUGGCCAACCUGGUGACGCUGGAGCUGAGGGAGAACCUGCUCAAGUCCCUACCCACGUCGCUGUCUUUCCUGGUGAAACUGGAACAGCUGGACCUGGGCAGCAACGAACUGGAAGUGUUGCCGGACACCCUUGGCGCUCUGCCCAACCUGAGGGAGCUCUGGCUGGACCGGAACCAGCUCUCCUCGUUACCACCAGAACUGGGGAACCUGCGGAGACUGGUGUGUCUGGACGUGUCGGAGAACCGUCUGGAGGAGCUGCCGUCUGAGCUCAACGGUCUCCUGGCGCUCACCGACAUGCUGCUGACACAGAACCUGCUGGAGGUGGUUCCAGACAGCAUUGGAGGUCUGAAGCAACUGUCCAUUCUGAAGGUGGACCAGAACAGACUGACUCACCUGACUGAUUCCAUAGGGGAGUGUGAAAAUCUGACAGAACUCGUAUUGACUGAGAACCUUCUCCAAACGCUUCCUCGCUCGCUCGGCAAGCUGAAGAAGCUGACCAACUUGAAUGUAGACCGCAACCGCCUGGGCGCCGUGCCCAAAGAGCUGGGGGGAUGCGCCAGCCUCAACGUGCUCUCGCUCAGAGACAACCGCCUGGGGAAGCUGCCCGCCGAGCUCGCCGACGCCACCGAGCUUCACGUGCUGGACGUGGCCGGGAACAGAUUACAAAACCUGCCUUUCGCCUUGACCAACCUCAACCUGAAGGCCAUGUGGCUGGCAGAGAACCAAUCGCAGCCCAUGCUCAAGUUCCAGACGGAGGAUGACGAGCGCACGGGGGAGAAGGUGUUAACGUGCUACCUUCUGCCUCAGCAGCCUUCGCCCAGCCUCGAGAACCUGCUCCAGAACAGCGUGGACGACAGCUGGACGGACAGCAACCUGAACAGGGUGUCUGUGAUCCAGUUCCAGGAAGAGACCAAGGCGGAGGACGAGGACGACGAAGCCGCCGCAGAGCGCCGAGGCCUUCAACGCCGAGCCACGCCCCAUCCCAGCGAGUUAAAAGUGAUGAAGAAAGUCAUCGAGGAGAGACGGAACGAGGCCUUCACGUCCAGACCUGAGGGCGAUCAGUCCUCCGAUGCGCAGGAGAAACGUCUCAGUGAUCUUUCCAACCAGAGCCACGACUCGCACGUGUCCGACAGCACCCUGUCGGCCACCUCCCACGAAGAGAGGCGGGAAGGCGUCGUUCCGUCCCAUAGAGAAGACCUCGUGGACGGUCACUUUAAUCAGGAGGAGGAGGACCUUGACGAGAUGGAGGUGGAGUACAUCGAGCCCACCGUGCACUUUGCAGAGGAGCCCAUCAUCCGCGGCGAAGACGACGACGACGAGGACGGCGUCAACGACGACGAGAGAAGCGACGACGACGCGGAACGGCCGCCCUUCCCCUCCGAGAAGCAGCGUCUCAUCAGGAAGGACACGCCACACUACAAGAAGCACUUCAAGAUCACCAAGCUCCCCAAGCCGGAGACCGUAGCGGCGCUCCUGCAGGGCUUCAGUCCCGACGGCCUCGUCUCGCCCGCACGGGCUGACGAACGGGAGGAUGACGAGGAGGAAGACGACGACGACGACAGCUUCGGCACCCCGCUGCUGCGGCACAGGAUGGAGGCGUCCGAGCUGGAAGACAGCCGGUACCACAUCAAUUCCAGUCAGGUCAAGGGGGUGUCAUUUGAUCAAGUCAAUAAUCUGCUGAUUGAACCUGCUCGAAUUGAGGAGGAAGAGCACAACUUAACCAUACUGAGACAAACAGGCGGCCUCGGCAUCAGCAUCGCCGGCGGGAAAGGCUCCACGCCGUACAAAGGGGACGAUGAGGGUAUCUUCAUCUCCAGAGUUUCUGAGGAGGGUCCAGCGGCGAAGGCGGGAGUCAAAGUGGGAGACAAACUCCUGGAGGUGAACGGCGUCGACCUUCACGAGGCCGAGCAUCACACGGCGGUGGAAGCCCUGCGGAGCUCCGGCGCCGCCGUCUCCAUGACGGUCCUGCGCGAGCGCAUGGUGGAGCCGGAGAACGCCAUCACCACCACGCCGCUGCGGCCGGAGGACGACUACUUCCCGCGGGAGAGGCGCAGCAGCGGGCUGGGCUUCAACGUGGACGGCGGUCCCGGUCCCGGCGGCGGCGGCGGGCCUCUGCAGCGGCUCUCCACCUGUCUCAUGCGCAACGACAAAGGGCUGGGAUUCAGCAUCGCCGGCGGCAAGGGCUCCACUCCGUACCGCACGGGGGACACGGGGAUCUACAUCUCUCGCAUUGCGGACGGGGGAGCGGCCCACCGAGACGGCACGCUACGCGUCGGCGACCGCGUCAUCUCUAUCAAUGGUGUAGACAUGACAGAGGCCAGACAUGACCAGGCAGUAGCUCUUCUUACCGGCACCUCGCCCACCAUCGCCCUCCUGGUGGAGCGAGACCCCAACGCGCCGCGUUCGCCGGGCCUCUCCCGGCAGCGAGCCCACUCCCCUCCACCCCCGGAACCCUCGGAUUCUCCGGACCAGGACGAAGAGGGUCUUCACGGGAACCAACUGGGACAGAUGGAGGAUGAGUACCCCAUCGAGGAAGUGACUCUGGUCAAGUCCGGGGGCCCUCUCGGUCUGAGCAUCGUGGGAGGCAGUGACCAUGCCAGCCACCCCUUUGGCAUCAACGAACCCGGGGUCUUCAUCUCAAAGGUGAUCCCUCACGGUCUGGCGUGUCAAAGUGGGUUGCGCGUCGGCGACAGGAUACUGGAAGUGAACGCCAUCGACCUGCGUCACGCCACGCAUCAGGAGGCCGUGCGCGCACUGCUGGCCAACAAGCAGGAGAUCCAGAUGCUGGUACGCAGGGAUCCUUCGCCGCCUGGCAUGCAGGAAGUGGUGAUCCAUAAGCAACCCGGGGAGAAACUCGGUAUCAGUAUACGGGGCGGAGCGAAAGGUCACGCCGGGAACCCUUUUGACCCGACAGACGAGGGAAUCUUCAUAUCGAAGGUGAGCUCCAGCGGCGCGGCGGCACGAGACGCCCGACUCCAGGUGGGCAUGCGCAUCCUGGAGGUGAACAACCACAGCCUGCUGGGAAUGUCGCACACGGAGGCCGUGCGGGUGCUCCGCGCCAUCGGCGACUCCUUGGUGAUGCUGGUGUGCGACGGCUUCGACCCGCGUAAAGUGGCGACUGCGGAGGCAUCUCCUGGCAUUAUUGCGAACCCUUUUGCAACGGGAAUCGUCCGUAAGAACAGCAUGGAGAGCAUCUCUUCCAUAGACCGAGACCUGAGCCCGGAGGAGAUGGACAUUAUUCAGAAGGAGUCGGAGAUGGUGAGGGAGACGUCGCAGUGGGAGAAGGAAGAGAUGGAGAAAGUGGAGCGUAUGCGCUUGGAGCGAGAGGAGGCGACUCGCCUGCUUGAAGAGGAGACCGAGAACAUUGGCACUGGACCUUUAAAGCUGGACUAUAAAACCCUGGCAGCGCUGCCCACCACCAGCCUGCAGAAGAUCAACAGGUUCUCUUCCUCUGUAAUUCCAACCGCCCCCAUGGAGGCCACCCUGCAGGCCCAGUACGGAGACCCGUUAGAGACCCUCGGUUUCACCUUAAGCCACCCACCGGCGUCGUCCCCCUCCGGUGUGAUCCCGGAUCACGGAGCCCGGUUCUCCUCCAACGGGACCUCCAGCACGGACGGCGUCGGCUCAGUCGGUUCGUCGGUGUUAACCGAAGAGGAGGAAUGCCUGGUGGACUCGCAGUCCCUCUGCUUCCAGGAGAACCCGUUUUUGGUGGCAAACCGCAAAGGCAAGGGCCUGUCAGGUCCGCCAGUGGGCUACGGGAAGCAGGGCCAACUGCAGACUUGGUUGUUUAGCAAGGCGCCUUCGUCCGACUACACCAGGACCGGAAGUCCGGUCAGAGACGCGUCUUACUCUCCCACCAUCCAACCGGCAAGCAUUCAUUUCACUUCCACCCCCACCAGCAAGGACUACCCGUCACCCUCUACACGGCCCGGUGCCAUCCUGCCGGUGGGGCGCGUGCGUCCGAGCACCUCCCCGGCCACUCCGGACGGCCACAGUCCCAGCCCCUUCCAGCAUGGCCCCUCCCCCUUCAACUCCCAGACCUCUCCUCGCGCCCCUUCCCCCACCUCGCCCGACGAAUUCCCCAUGAAUGCCAAGCAGGCGUACAAGGCGUUUGCCGCCGUGCCUCGCUCGCUGGCAGUGCUGGAGCCGCCGCAGGACCUGUACGCUGUGAGGAACAACUUCCACCCAAAGUCUCCAGAGCCUGAGUCGAACAACGACGUGUUCGACGACAGCGUUGAGGGAGCCGGCGAGGGCGGGGCCCGGUCCGACCGUUGUUGGGAGUACACGAACCUGGCCGCUGUGCCUCGCCUCUCCAGGCCGUCCCCGGACGUCCAGAGUCCAUCGCCCGGCGGAAAGGACAGCCCAGAGCAGCGCUCCUUCCGGGACCGGCAGAAGUACUUCGAGAUCGAUGUGAAGCAGCAGACCCCCGACAAACCAAAACCUCGUGUCUCGCUCGUCGGGGAGGAUGACCUCAAGAAAAUGAGAGAGGAGGAAGAGCGGAAGUUUGAGCAGCGGGCGCGGGAAUACUUGCUGGACGAAGACGACGAGGACGAAGAAGAGGAGGACCUAGCCAAGCAAGUGGCGCAGAUGAAGGUCACGGGCAAGGUGCUGCUGGACGGCGUGGAGUACAACGUGGAGCCGGCGUCCAUGCCGUCGCACUCGUGCUCCACGCCUCCUAGCUCAGGGACGUCGUCAGUGGAUGGGAAAGGAGACACCUCCCGGAAUUCUCUGGAGGACAGCUUCCGGCUAGAACAGCGACCCAAUUCCAUGAGCGGGUUGAUCCCCGUGUACGGAAGCGACUCCGCCGCUCCCAUCCGCACCGCCAAAGCCGAGCGCCGACACCAGGAGCGACUCCGCAUGCAGAGCCCGGAACUGGCCGUGGCGCUGGAUCGAGACCUCUCCCCCGCCGAGAAGCGAGCCCUGGAAGCGGAGAAGCGAGCCAUGUGGCGAGCGGCGAGGCCCUUAGGCUUGGAGGAUGAUGUUAGGCAGUAUGAGCAGGACCUGGCUAAGAGGCUCUACCAGGCCCGUGUGAGGGCUUCUCAGGCCCCCUCCUCCUCUGCUCCUCCCUCCUCUGCCGCCUCCCAGCUCAGGAUGAAGUCGCUGGAGCAGGAUGCGCUCAAAGCUCAGAUGGUCAUCGCCAAGUCCCGCGACGGGAAGAAGCGCGGCACGAUGGACCAGCUGACUGAGUCGCCCUCGCCCGCGCCCACGCCCUCCCCCACGCCGAUGGACGAGCUCCGAGGACUCACCUCCCCGGGCAGACUGUCCCUGUCGUCAAAGAAGUUUGACUACCGACAGUUUGCCGCCAUUCCUUCUUCCAAACCGGUAUACGACAUCCAGUCUCCUGACGCCGCGGACGACAUGCAGUUCAUUGACGACGCCUCCCAGCAUCCAGAGCCCGCUGCCAGCCUGGAUGCCGAGGUCCCCGCCCCCCCGCCCGCCACCUCGGCCCUGGAGGAGAUGGCCCUCUACAGCAACAAGCGCAAACUCCGCCAAGGGCGCCGCAGCUUGGAGACGGCCGUGCCCACGUAACACACUCAUAUACACACACACGUGCAUAUCCGGGGACGACGGGGGUGUGUGUGUGUGUGUGUGUGUGUGUGCCGCAUCCGUGUUUUUAAAAAACAAAAACAAAAAAAAAACACCACACCCUCACAUCCCUGCGUGCCAGCUUUGCCUUCAGUCGCCAUGGAGACAACAACACAUCCUGAUUGUUUUGUUGCCUAUUAGAGACCGAUGUUGUUUUUAGCUUUUAUUUUAAUUUUUAAAUCUCCCUGAAAAGAGGAAAAAAAAAGAAGAAGAAAUGGGUGGUAGCUGCAACUAACGUGUGGAAUGCUAUUUUUCAGUGACUAGAUUGUAAAACGUUUGUUUGUUUGUUUUUUUUGGAGUGUAAAUAAUAGUGAGAUGACAUCCUGCUACCUUCACACACGCACUGCGCAGAGCUUUAAGAGUUAAACUAAAAAAAACAAAAAAACACACGACGUCAUCAUUGCACUGCCAGGUCAUCUUAGCGAGUAAUUUAUUGUUUUUAAUGCUUUUAAGGCCGUGUGUUUUACUUACUGUUGAGCACAAAGAGAAGUGCUGUGCAACAUUCCCCUUCUAGAUCGACACUACAUUGUUGAAUGGUACUUACCACCCCCCCCCCUUCCCCCCAGCACCCCACCGACUCCUGAUUCGUCAUGAAGCGUAACGUGAAGGUAGCGGAUGCUUUAUUUUUCUGUCUAUGGGCUAAUUUAAUAAUCCAAUGACACUGAGAAAUCAUUUUCUUAUGGUGUGAAUAGUGUACAAAUACUAAGAGGAAAGCAAAUGUUUUUUUUUUUGGGGGGGGGGGCAUCUGGGUUUGGACAGUAUGUGUCUUUUCAUUUUUACAUAUCUUGACAUAAUCACAGCAAAGUAACCGAAAUCUAGCUGUUCUAAUUCUAGCUGCUCAAGUCACUCACGGACGGAAAAAUCGGUUUAACGUUAGCUAAUUGCUUUUUUCACAUAUUUGUUAUUGUUGUUAUUGUUUUUUUUUUAUUAACGUAGCAGCGAUGUUUAGCAUUUUGGCUAGUGCCACGUGACGAUGGAGGUGGGCGAUACCAAGUAAAUACAGAGCGAGAAUAAUCGAUAAAAGUAUAAUUACUUGGAUAUUUUUCAAGCAUAAUAAAUGAUUUUGAUUUAUACAUAUUAGUAUCACAACACUAAUUAAAAAAUAUUCAAUAUAACAAUCGAAGAUAAUGCAAUACAGUUGCCAGUUGUACAAACAAAAAAAUACAAUUGGCUUGCCUUAAUCCUUAAAGUUUGUGAACAAUAUCGAUGUAUAUUUUACAUUUCAACAAUACAAAAAAAAUGUGAAAAUCAACAGCAUAUACUUGAAAAGUAAGUAUUAGCUUAUAAAGUUAGUAUCAAUAUCCGGUAUCGACCAUAUUGUAUCAGUUGUCCCGGGUCGGACAUGGCCAAGUGCUGAACGCCGCUAGAAGAAAACCAAACGAUAAUUCAGAAAUUUCAUUCGUUUUUUGUUGAUAAAAGUUAUUUUCUUUAGUUUUUUUCAUUUGUGUUAUCGGGAGGGGAGGAUAACGGGAGUCGUCUCUGUCCAGACCCAGCUGACAGGUUCCGUUGCAUGGGGCUAAGACAAAAGUGCUCUGCUAUUCCUCUGUAAAGACACACAAAUCUACGAUUUAAUUUUUUACAAAUAAAUGUUUUAAAGUCCUCAAA